GUUCCUGAGCAUUGUUGAAAGCAAAGAAGCAGGACCUCUAUUUCUCCAAAAAUAAGGGCAUAUGCAAAAAGUGAAUAGGGCAUCACCAACUGAAGCAGUAAAGCUCACGACACAUAUUUUAAUAAUCUAAAGGACCAUAGUGGUGCUCCUGGGUCUGCUUUCAGUAGACAUCUAGAAAACUUCCCGAAACAUUUUGGAAGCGCGGACAAUUUAGACAUGGAGGUUGCGGCCGAUCAGUCUCGAUGGAUGGCCCAUCAUCAUGCGGUACUCAACGGCCAGCACCCAGAGUCCCAUCAUCACGGGCUUACACACAAUUACAUGGAGCCCAUGGCCCCUCUUCUGCCCCCGGACGAGGUGGAUGUGUUCUUGAAUCACUUGGACUCGCAGGGGAACCCUUACUACCCCAAUUCUCGGGCUAGAGUAUCAUACGGACAAGCACACGGUAAGAUGCUUCUUUACAUCAACAGGCCAAUGACCAUGAAAAAAGAGGGCAUCCAAACACGCAACCGAAAGAUGUCCAGCAAGUCCAAGAGGAGUAAACGAUCUGGCGAGUGUUUCGAGGAGCUCUCCAAGUGCAUGCAUGACAAGACCUCUCCGUUUGGCAGCGCCAGUGCUCUGGCAAGCCACAUGCCACACAUGGGCCACCUGCCACCGUUCAGCCAUUCUGGACACAUGCUGCCCACACCGACUCCCAUUCACCCCACAUUCAGCCACCCUCACCAUUCCAGCCGCUCUCCCGCCUGGGCCGAACCU